AAAAAAAAAAUCGUCCCCUUGAACAACCACGCGGUUAUAUAACAACGUUAUUCUCAAAGCGUCCCAAUAUUAAAUUUAUUAUAAAUUACCUUCCUUGAGAAAAGUUAAAUCCAAUCCGUGAAAAAAAAGGAAAAGAAAGAAAAUUGACAAAAUCUCCUCAAGCUCAAAGUCUUUCUGAGUCAGAGAAGAUCUCGUCGCGGCCAUUGAAUCUCUCUCAGCGAUGAGCACUCCGGCACUCUCCUCAGGGGGCGCUUUCUCCGGUUUCACGCGGCUAUGCAAGGGCCUGGCGGUGGUGCUCGUCGGCGGUCACAUUGUGGUCCAGGUUCUGCCUCCGGCUAUUAAUUAUCUCGCUCUGAUUCCCGCCAGGACAAUUCCUUUUGCCUGGAACCUCAUAACAGCUGGUUAUGUUGAACAAUCAGUACAUGGGAUGGCUAUGAGCACCAUUGGUCUCCUUUUUAUUGGGAAGCUUCUUGAACCUGUAUGGGGUUCUAGAGAAUUCUUCAAGUUCAUCUUUGUCAUCAACUUUCUGACAUCUGUAUGCGUUUUCAUUACUGCAAUUGCGUUGUACUAUAUUACUACGCAGGAAAAUUACUUGUAUUUUCCUCUUUCUGGCUUCCAUGGGAUCCUUUCAGGAUUCUUGGUUGGCAUCAAACAGAUCAUACCCGAUCAGGAGUUUCCUGUACUAAAAUUGAAAGCUAAGUGGUUUCCAUCUCUCUAUUUGUUGCUAUCAACCGCCAUAUGCAUCUUUACUUCAGAGACAACAACAAUUCUUCCAACCCUAUACUUUGGUGCAUACAUGAGCUGGAUUUACCUCAGAUAUUGGCAGAAGAAACCAGAAACAAAACUCAAGGGUGACCCAAGUGAUGAUUUUGCAUUCUCAACUUUCUUCCCUGAAUUUUUACGACCUGUCAUUGAUCCCAUUGCAACUAUAUUCCAUCGGAUGCUUUGUGGAAGAUCCGAAGCAUCUAAUGAUGCCCAGGGUUACACACUAGGAGGUGCUCCGUUGCCUGGAUCUGAUCCUAUUGAAGCAUCUAGGAGAAGGGAAAGAGGAGCUCGUGCACUUGAGGAAAGACUUGCGGCUGAUAGACUGGCUGCUUUACGGAGUUCAGAAGAAUCACAAGGAGAUGCCGCCGAAAAUGUUUGAUUCAAUUUGAGCUCGAACUUGAGAUUCAUAUCCGAUCAACCAAAAGCAAUGUACUGUACUCAGGUGACAAUUUUAGAAGUUCAAAGGUUUCUAGGAAGAGCAUUUUUCUUGGAUUCUGGAGUAUGAUUUUGUUUUGCAUCUUGCUGCGGAUUGUGAUCCUUACAAUGCUUUUUUUUUUUUUUUUGGGGGUGCUUUUCUGCACUACUAUUCAUCUUAGUUCUUGCUCAAGAUAAUAUAGAAUAGAUGUUCCAAAAGAAUUGUUCCCGCCUUAUUUGCGUCUACUCUUAUCAGUGGACUUGUUCUUUUGCGUCUGGGGCGUUUCAGGUUGCUUACUUGUAUAAACUUAUAUUUGCACAAUUCUAAUAAGGAAAAACUUAUACUUCUUGUC